CUUCCCCUCUCCCUCUUCCUCUCCUUCUCCACUCUCCACCCUUUUCCCUCACUCUCUCUUUCUCUUGCUCGCCAAGUUUCUCUCUUUUUCUCUUCUGUUCUGUGUUUCUUGGUUUUAGGUGUUAAGGGUUUAAAUCUCUUAGUGGGUUUGAUUUGAUUUGAUCAUAAAAUACAAAUAUGUUGUUGGGGAAGAGACCUCGUCCUCAGAUGAGGAGAACGACAAGCUUGACGGAAUUCAAUAUGGAUCUAAGCAACCCAGAAGAAGCUCCGGCAACCUCUGAAGGUUCUUCCAGAAGGAACCAACAGGGUAGUGGUGGUGGUGGUGGAUUUGGGUCAGAUGGGUUCGAUUACCGGCUCAUGGCCGCUACUAUCUCUCCCAGAACAACCCAUAAGAGGAAUUCGAGCAAUUUCAUCGAAACACCUCACUUCUUAAGAGCUUGUAACCUCUGCAAGCGCCGCCUUGGCCCUGGCCGUGACAUCUACAUGUACAGAGGAGAUAGCGCGUUUUGCAGUUUAGAAUGUCGACAGCAGCAGAUUAACCUAGACGAACGCAAGGAGAAGUGUGCAUUGGCUUCGAAGAAAGAUGCAUCGACUACCGCUGGAUCAGAAUCCUCCCCUUCUAAAGGAGAGACAGUCGCAGCUGCAUAGACUUGCAGAGAGAGAGAGAGAGAGAGAUUAA